AUGUUGAGCGACAGCGGCUACGACUCCCCUGGGGAGAACUUCAAGGUCAAAUCGGACGCUGGCUCAGACGAAGGCGCACCCCUGGAUCUGAAAAUCGAGGAUGAAGAAGGCUACCGCCACCUCUCGAACGGACUUGUUGUUGAUGGCGUGAGCCGUGGACCCGUCACCAGCAAGACGAGGCUCGCUGCCUUGUACGACUACGACGACGACCGAGUCGACAACAACCUUGUGCGGAGUCUCGCGAACACUGUCGGCGUGUCUGUAUCCUGCCAGCUCGAGACGAGUGAUGGGAAGGUCUUUCCGCCGAGCGCUGAGGUAGCUCAGCAGCGAUACUACAUGCGGAUGACGUUCCGCAAUCUGUACCUUGCACCUGCUGUGCGCCUGGAAUGCCGUUUCAUCCAGCCGUGGAGCCAGCACUCAGCCUAUCUUACUCUGGCCACCGAAUUCCACUUCAACGACUACACCGACGGCGAGGACAACAUGAUCAGCGCAUACUCGCACAGAAACGCCACUAUUCAGUUCGCCGCCGGGCGAGCGACUUGUUCUGGAUUCAAUCUCAUCGAGAAGUGCGAUUCGUUCUUCGGAGAAGAAGAGAGAGAAGUCAUCGAAGUCAUGCGCUCAUUCACCCAAGCGAAGACACGACACCAAAUCAUGCUGCACCUCAAAGGCCACUCGCUCAGCCCAGAAGCUGAAGAUCACCUUCACAAGAUCAGGGCUCGGCUUCCUGGUGGUGGCGGCAAACUACUCCCAUCGAUUGGCGCAAAAGAGUACACUCCAUUUGAUGGGAAAGGACAGCUUGUGAAGUGCUACGAUGGGUCCAUGCUCACCCCGGCCAAGCUCCUGUCAACAGAAGUUCCAUUUCCGAUGGUGCCCCUCGAGUGCCGGACAACAUUCUCCUCCGUCAGGGAAGCUGCCGUACAGUUGGCAUACUCCGCAACGGUCAGCGAUGAAGAAGCUCGAGAGGCUCUUCGUCUCUGGGCUGCGGUUCCGCAUGAUGCUGAGCUAUACCUCCAUCUGAACUUCCCAAUCCUGGCGCUGUACUUCCGGCCCUUCGACAGACUUGGUGGAAGAAGAGCCGAUGGAGACCUCCAGUUCCGCCUGCCACAUGACAUGAACUGUGGCUUCGUGAUGGCCGACCCUGUGAAUAAGGAAAUACCCAUCAAGAUCGAAGGCUUCAUGUUAGGAACAAAUCCCGGUAUUGUGCACCAGGACGGUCGAAGCCCAAGUGCGGUCUUCCGAAUCACCAGUCGCACCAAGGCGCAGCUGGAAGAUACGUUCGUCUACGAAGUAUCACGCAGUUUCCGCACCAAGUGCGACCCUCAUUACAGCUCCUUCACGUACAACUCCCAGCUCGAAGCAGUGAGGAUGUUACAAGCAACAAGAAACAAGAAAUGGUGGCCACUACUGUUGAACCAGAAGCACGAUGAACUACCGAGCCAGGACCCCACUGAAGGCGUACCACCACAUCGCAAAGAGAGAGCAGAGGUGUGGCUUCGUGGCUGGAAGAAUUGGAACCCGGAGCAGCUGGCGAUCAUCGACGGCAUCACCGCGACCAAGGGCGGCAUGACACUCAUCAUGGGACCCGCUGCCACAGGCAAGACACUCUUGCAGCGUGGCAUCGCGAUCUACUUCUACUCGUUGGGAUACCAUGUCGCAGCACUCGCGCCGGCAAACGACAACGCAAACAAGUUGGCCAAAGACUUGCUCGAGAUCAAGGCCGAGCUAGCCGAGCUUGACUGGAUCGACCUGGACUUCCUCAGGCUGUUCCCCGGCUCCCGCGACGUGCCCGUUGACGAGAUGACCGAGCAGCAGGCCGGCUUCCGAAAAGAAGGACAUCGGGGGGGAGACGUGCUUCCAUUCCGUGAGAUGCUCAACAAGCUGGAAGAAGAUCCACAGACUGCAGGCCCUCAUCGAACGUACGGAGUUGUCGAGUCGAUCAUCAGGCACGCAGAAGAAAAGACACUCAAACUGUUCAAGGCAACGAGAGAUGGAGACGGCCAGAUUAGUGAUCGCGUCGACACCUGGGAGACGUUGCGCGAGCUGAUCGCAGCUUGGAAAGCGAACGAGCUGGAUAUGAAGGAGAGCAAACGCAUGGAGCUGUUCCGCGUGGCCUACCUCGCAUGCAAAGGCCAGGUUGUUGGGCUGAAUCGAUUCAUCAUCACAACGACGGGCAACGUUCGCUCGCGAGAGAUGAGGGACUACUGGUUCAGCCAGCAAAGCGACUACGGCGUGCCUCGCAAAGGAGUUGUCGUGCUUGUCGACGAGGCUGCAAAAGACCUUGAGGUCAACGUGUGGUCUGGCAUUGUGUCCGAGAGGUGGUCGGAGUAUGUGAAAGGAGUCUUCCUGUUUGGUGAUGACAAGCAGCUCCUUCCCACGAACACCUCUGCGAAAGGCAGGACACAGUACAACUACUUCAGCGACCGGCUCGACAUCCCACUCCCCAACCGUCUCGAGCAGGAAGGCUUCCCCUGCUUCCGCUUGCUGGAGCAGCGCCGCAUGCACGAAGCAAUCUCUGCAUUUCCCAACGCUAUAGUGUACAAUGGGAAGUUGCGCAAUGGCCCCGGCAUGGACGUCUCGCUCGAAACACACAUGCCAGGUCUGCGUCAGACACUGCUCGACAUCCUUGCUGGUGCCGAAGGAGCGGCUUCUCCGCUGCAGCUCAGGGACAACGACCUUCGCCGCCACUACUUCGAGGUGUACGGCAAGCGAGUCGAGUACGAGAAGUCCAUUGCCGUGCAUGAGCAUAUCGACGUGUUCAUGAAGGACAUCUUCCCGAAACUGUUCGAAUUUUUCCGUGAGAGUGGGAGGAGCAUGAAGGAGGAUGUCAUGAUCAUCUGCGCCUACAACUAUGCUCGCUCCGAAUACGACCGCCGAAUCAAAGAGUUCCUCCGCCACCACCACCCCGGCCACACCACGAACAACAUCCCCCGCAUCAUGUCCGUCGACGGCAGCCAGGGCGACGAAGCGUUCAUGGUCUUCUUCGACGCUUCUGCGCAACAGGGCCAUCGCGUCGGUUUCAUGCAAAGCGAGAAUCGCUUCAACGUGGCCAUCACGCGCGCCAAGGGGGUCAUGUGGAUGAUUGGCGGGAGCAUGAGGUGUAGGGAUCGAGAGCCGAAUCUGAUUACGCGGUACAAGAGGGAGCUGGAUAUUAUGGGGCAGGUGUCGCAUUUCCGGAGCUCGGAGAGGUACAUGUAG